AUGGACAACUCUAUCCUUCCUAAACUGGCGGUGCCGGGAGUUGUUCUACUUAUUGCAAUAUUGUCCUAUUCUUCUCAAUAUCUUUUCUAUGCCAUCGAGCCAGGCCCACUGGACUCUCGUCAAGCCAAGAUCUUCAAUCUGCUCGUUAUUGGCAUCUGGAUCACUUAUGCUCGUGCUUGCACAACCGACCCAGGUUCAAUCCCGAAAGGAUGGUCUCCUCAGAGUAUCACCGACAAUCCUGUCCCCUCGGAUGGAAGAGGUCAAACAAGACAGCGGUAUUGCCGUAAAUGUCCCAUCAUUGCAAGGUCUGCAAGAGAUGUAUCCCCAAAAUGGACCAUCACUGCCCUUGGACCUACAAUUGUGUAUCGCAUUACACUUUCCCCCAUUUCAUGCGCUUUCUAUGUCUGGGGUCUUGGAGGAGGUGUGACAACGAUCGAAAGCUGGGAGAUUGAACGCCAUGAACAGCUUCUUCGUCGAGCCCGUGUUCUCGGUGGUUACCUCGACGGACCAGAUCGUAUUCGUGUCAAGAUUGUGAGGCAAGAGUUUCCUUACGACAUCGGUAUUUGGAGCAAUAUCGCGCAGGGGAUGGGCUCUUCCAAUCCUCUUGCAUGGUUUUGGCCAUUCUCCCAAACUCCCAAGACAGAUGGUCUGUUAUUUGAAGAAAAUGGCUUCGAGGAUCCUGGUCUCACCUGGCCUCCCCCUGAUCCUGACAGAAUGCCUCGAGCCAGCCGAGGUUCGGAUGUUCUCGAAGACCCUUUCAACCACCACCAAGGCUUCUCCCCAGCCGAGGAGAUUCUGGCUUUCAAAAAGCGCCAGCAAGCGGAUUUCGAAUCUCGAGCCGAUUAUUAUGGUGUCAAGAGACGGCGCCCAUUCCACGAGCGCUUCGAACAGAGCACUGUAGAUGCUACAGAAGAUAUGUCUCGAGAAAUGCACGACGGCGAAAGCAGCGGUGAAGAAGGCUGGCAAGACACAGGUGGAAAUCGACUCAAGGACUUCGGUGUGGACGAAGAUGUCGAGUUUUAUGACGAGGAUGAUAUCCCAAUUUCUGAGUUGUUGAGAAGACGGAAAGCAAAGCCUUGA